AUGAAUAAACUAAUGCAAAAAAUACACAAAAAGAUCGAGAAGAAAACCAAUCAGAUACCAUCACUUUCCGUACGAAUCGAUCAAAAUAAAGAAAGUACCACACUCAUUUGGUUUGAUCCAAAUAUUGACUCCGUAGAAGAUGCCGAACUGACCAAACAACAAUUACGUUCCAUCAAUGAUUAUGUUAGCUUUUUUACAGAUGUUGAUCGAUGCGUCAAGUAUAUACGAUCAAUUAAUCACGAAAAGAUCUUUUUAAUCACAUCAGGUUCGAAAGCAUCACAUAUCCUGCCUCACGUGGCCAAUCUCGAUCAAGUCGAUUUAAUCUUUGUCUUUUGUAUGAUGAAAGAUAAAUGGAUGCAUUUAACCAAUGAAUAUGACAAAAUCGUUGGUAUCUAUGUUAAUCUGGACGAACUUUGUUCGUCCAUUCGACAUCAAAUCGAUCUUUUCAAUAAACAACUACAGACGUUCAGUACGUUCGAUCACCGGGAACGAUCAACGAAAGAUUUAUCUCAGCAAUCCGCUGAAUUUCUUUGGUUUCAACUUUUUCAUCAAUUAAUUGUUCUUCUGCCGAUCAAUCAACAGGCAAAACAGCAAAUGCUUGAGUUUUGUCGAAAUUAUUAUCGUGGGAAUCGAGCAGAGUUAAACAUGAUCGAGCGAUUCGAAAAUGAAUUCUGCGGUUCGAACGCAAUUCAGUGGUAUUCGAAACAAUCAUUUCUUUUUAAGUUGAUUAACAAAGCAUUGCGAACAGAAGAUCUGAAUCAACUACAAACGUUUCGUUUCUUCAUUCAUGAUCUAUCCAACAGUCUCGUCAAGGAACAAGAACAACUUUUCUUGUCGAAUCAAAAGACCCUGAAUCUUUAUCGAGGAACUUACUUGGAUCGAAAAGAACUGGAAAAACUUCAAGCAAGUCAAGGAAAGAUUAUCUCGACGAAUGGGUACUUAUCAACUAGUCGAUCGCGAACACAGGCGAUGAAAUUCAUCAAGAAAGCCACGAGAAGUCCGAAUGACGUUCGCGUUCUCUUUCACAUCGAAUGUCAUGUGGAAAAGAUUGGGAAAAGUGUGACCUAUGCUGAUAUCGCUCGAUUCAGUGCUUAUCCGUCGGAAGAAGAAGUACUAUUUGAUUUAAAUGCAGCAUUUCAACUAAUUUCGAUCGAAGAAAUAGAUUCAAUAAACUUUGUUCGUAUGGAUGUGUCAACUGAAGGAGAACGAAUAACGAAAGAUUACAUGAAUCUAACGAAACAGGAAGUAGAGAGCAAAAGUGUUGCUAUCGUUCUCGGUCAACUGAUGUGUAACCUCGGUCAAUAUAAUCAAUCACAGGAGUAUUUUGAAGAACUACUAAAAGAACCAAAUGGAGAUGAUCUCGCAUGGAUUGAAUUCAAUAUUGGACAAGCUCUCGAUUAUAAAAGCCAAUGGGAACAGGCGCGGACAUAUUAUAGUCGAGCUUAUGAUCGAAUGAUCGAGGCGAUACCGCCACGAGUCAAAGACUUGGCUGUAGUUAUGAAUAACAUCGCUGGUUCUCUAUAUCGACAGGGAAAGUUUAAUGAAGCUUUGGAUCUACAUAAAAGAAUCUUACAAAUUCGCGAAGAAAUCUAUCCAGAUGGUCACGUUGAUAUCGCUCAAAGUCUCAAUUACAUUGCACUGAUUCUUGACCAACAAGGCAAUUACGAACAAGCUUUAGAGUAUCAUCAACAGGCGCUAAAGGUUCGACGAGCAUUCUAUCCCGACGAUCAUGUUGAUAUAGCUGCAAGUCUGAACAAUAUCGGCCAUACUUUGUAUCAUCAACAGAAAUACGAUCAGGCACUAGACAAUUGUCAACGAGCACUGAAAAUUCGUGAGCAAUUCUAUCCAAAUGGUCACAUUGAUACUGCUAAAAGUAUACACACGAGUGGUCGUAUUUAUGAAAAGCAACGGAAGUACGAUGAAAGUUUAAGUUGCCACCAUCAGGCGCUAAGUAUGCGCAAGAAAUUACUUCCGCCAGAUCAUCCUUACAUUGCUGUAAGUUUGGAUGGAAUUGGAUCAGUUCUCUAUCAUCAAGGGAAAGUCGACGAAGCUUUACAAUAUCACCAACAAGCAUUGGUAAUGCGACAAGUAUCAUAUCCUGAUGGACAUAGUGAUAUAGGCUACAGUUUCGUUCAACUUGCUGAAUGUUAUGAAGAACAAAAUCAAAGUGACACAGCGUUGGACUAUAAUCUACAAGCAUUGUUCAUGUUUGACAAGUUUCUACCACACAAUCAUCCGGUGGCACUUAGAGUUAAGUGUAAUAUUGAUCGUCUUACUGAAAAACAGUGA